CAAUGCAUUAUGGGUCACUGGGCGCUAGGUUAGCUUAGCACAACAGCUAACAUUGUUGAUACGGGCAAUAAUUGCUGCUCUUCAGUAGUGGAGUACACAAAGUGACUUCAGCUAAUAAAUUAAUGCAGGUUCAAUAGGUAAAAUCGGAGACUAAAGAUGGAAAUGUUCCGUAAGAGAAGUGUAGUUUGGAGCUAUUUUAAAGACAUAGACUCCAGCACAGUGCAGUGUGUGAUCUGCAGUGGUUUUCUACUCAGGAACAGCCGUGGCUCCACCACACCGAUGCUGAGACAUCUGCGCCUUAAGCACACCGUCGAAGUCCUCAAAAGUAAUAUUGGACGUGUUGUAGAAACUGGGGCUAGUGUGGACCACAAGGACAUAAAAGUUGAGCCUGAACAGUUCUGCUCUGUGGAAGUGGCUCUGGAGGAUGGAGACUCUGACACCUUGACCACAGUGAAUGAUUCUGAUCACAGCACCCUCCUGAAAGCUUCAAAUGAAGGCCCAGCUGUGCAGAUGUUACAUGCUGAGGCCAGAUGUAAACUUCCUGUAAGACACACUCGUAGACGCAGUUUGAUCUGGAGGCUUUUUGAACAGUUGGACAGUUCGGAUGCCGCCCGCUGCCGCAUUUGUGCAAAGAGGUUACAUGUAAGUGGUGGCAUCAGCAACCUCCGUCGACACUUGUCAAAGAGACACCCCAAGGUGCUCUCCGAGUUACUAGCCAAUGGGCAGAAACCUCCUGCAGAAGUACACAACUCAAACGCUAAUGGAGGCUUUGACGCGCCUUUUCUGGGAUUGCAACAACGGCAGUCUUCAGCAGAAGUGGCACUUCAGAACAGAACUUCCACCAUCAUCACCGCGUUGAAGGAGACCGUUACUCCUGUCAUGAAUGGCUUCGCUCAAGCUUUGCAUGGAGAUGCAGCCCAGCCGGAAAUGCAUGCAGGUGAAAGUGAUGACUGGCCUGAGAGAGGGACACGCAGGCAUAGUUUGAUUUGGAGGCACUUUGAGCGCUUGGACAGUUUGGACUCUGCUCGCUGUCGCAUAUGCCAGAAAACCCUGCAGUGUUUAGGAGGCUAUGCCUCUGGAAACCUGCGUCGACACUUGUUAAACAAGCACCCAAAGCUGUUCUCUGAACUAGUAUCCAACGAGCAGCAGCCACUGUCAUCCAACUCAGCUCAGGACCCAAAUGCUGAUGAAAUUAGUGAAGGCUCAUGGGAGACUCCAGUGGAAGUGGUGUUGGACGAUGACGACUCUGAUGUCAGCCCUGUGAGUGAAAGCGAUAAUGCUGUCGACAGUGGCCUCGUGAACUUUUUUCGAGAACAGUCAGUGCAGCAGAUGGCGCAUUCAGACGAAAGCAACCAUGGGACACGCAGACGCAGUUUGAUCUGGAGGCACUUUGAGCGAUUGGAGGGUUUGAACGCUGCUCGCUGCCUCAUAUGCAUGAAGAAGCUGCAAUACUUUCUGAGCGGAGGCACCGGCAAUCUGCAUCGACACUUGUCAAAGCGACACCCAAAGGUGUUCUCUGAGCUUUUUUCCAACUGGAAGCACCCAUCACCUCUGAACUUGUCACUGAGCCCACACGGUGAACUGAAUGUUGUCUCGGGAACGUCUGCCAUAGACAGAGGAGUGUUCAGCAGGGAGAUGGAGCUGAUAGAAGCUCUGAGGAGAACACAGAGGGAGGAGGCUCGGACUCUGGAGCAACAAAGGGAGCUGCUGGAGAAGCUGCGAGCAGCUAGUGCCAGAGAGGCAGAAGCAGAGAGGGAGAAGAUUGAGUCACUGAGGAAGGCACAGCAGCUGGAAGCCAAAGAUUUAAGUAGACAGAGAGAAGAGCUGGAGAUGGAAAAGGCAGAGCUUCAGAAGAAAUGGGAAGAGCUCCACCAAGAAAGAGAAAAACUUAAGUUGCACUCCAGACUUCAGGAAAAGUCCUGAUUUGAGGGAUCCAGUGAUUUCUAGCUUCUCUGUAAAUCUUAUGAGACUUAAUAUUUACAAAUUAUUUUGGCGACAAAUGCUUUGCUGAUAAUCUAUGCACAGUUAUUUAGUUUAGUGUUUAAGUUGGUGUUUACCAUCACUCUAGAUUAACCCAACUGCGCCCUUGCCUGCAUUUAGUUUAAAUUCACACCAAGCAAUGUAUACAUUUGUUGUGUAAUCAGGUAGGUGUCUUUUUAUGUAGUUUUCCACAUAUAUUUAAGCUGAUUGAUAGAUAGAUAGAUAGAUAGAUAGAUAGAUAGAUAGAUAGAUAGAUAGAUAGAUAGAUAGAUAGAUACUUUAUUUGUCCUACGAAGGAAA